AUGAAGAAUAAUUACGCUCCAGUUUCGGAUUCUGAUGACUCUUUCAAAGUGCUCAAUGAUGAAAAGUCAGACGCUAGAUCUUUAGAUGGUACUGGUACGCCUCCUUCGUACUCAGCUACAAACAAAUUUAUUGAUUUAGAAAUGGCUGAUGGAUCCGCUCAGCAUUCCGCCCAAGAGUCCACUAACAAUACUGGGUCGGAUUCGAAAUAUUCAAAGUGGAUUAUUAUCAUAUAUCUCUUUUUUUUGCAUCUCUUGUUGGCGCAUAUGCUCUACCCGGGGUGGUACAAGCAAGCUGGUAGAGUGCUAUCCAACAUGUGUGUCGCAGUAAUAUAUACGACUCUUCUGAAUGGCGUUGGUUUCGUCUUCUAUUAUAAUGUAAAGAAAAUAAUAGGAUUUGAAAAGAUGGACAAAGGGUUUUUCUAUUUUGUUUGCAUUGUUAACGUUGCCUUGUUUGUUAUAUUUUGGAGUACGACGGAUACGCGACAAUUUCGAAUAUUCAUUGCUGCUUCAGGAAACUUCAUGGGAAACAUAGGAGACGGCAUACUAAACGGCAUAAGAAAUGCUGCGAAUUAUGUUCAACCGACAGAUCGAGAAAAUGAAGUACCUCAAAACGAAGAAAUUGAGCUUCAACCUUUUGCUGGGCAAAGCGCUGAAGUUUGA